UGACCAGGUAGAGUCGUACCUAACACAUCUAACACACACUGUCAUCUGCUGAUCUUUACCUGCAGGAGGAGAAGACACAGAUUACAAAGGAAGGGCUUGGAGAAAAGAGUUUGUAACAUACAUCAUCUACAGUAAAAAUCAGAUCUGCUGAAAUGGACCAGGAGGAACGGAGGAUCGUGCUGCUGGGGAGGACUGGUGUUGGGAAGAGUGCAACAGGAAACACCAUCCUGGGAAGAAAUGUAUUUACAUCAGAGAGAUCUACAAACUCUGUAACAGAACACUGUGAACUUGUAGAGACUCUGGUAGGAGAAAAGUUCAUACGUGUGGUUGAUACACCAGGAUUAUUUGACACAGCACUGCCACAAGAUCAGUUAGCGGUGGAGUUGGGCAGAAGUGUUUAUCUCUCACGACCAGGAGUUCAUGCUUUCAUUCUGGUUGUAGAGUUUGGGAGGUUCACAGAACAGGAAGUAAAAAUAAUUGAGAGGUUUCAGGAGGUUUUUGGUGAGCAGGUUACAAAUCACAUGAUCAUUCUUUUCACCCAUGGUGAAGGUAUAAGAGAGGAAAGAAUACAUCAAGACAGAGGCAGAAAUGAACAUCUCAGAAGGGUGUUAGAUCAGUGUGGAAGAAGAUUUCACAUCUUUAAUAAUGCAGAACCACAGAACAGACAGCAGGUCACUGAACUUCUGCAGAAGAUAAACAGGAUGGUGCAGCAGAAUGGUGGAGGAUUUUACGCUAAUGAGAUGCAUGAGGAAGCACAGGGCUCAACCUGGAAAGAAUUCUGGGAAAAACACAAAACACUGUUUUACAUUGGAGCUGGUGUUCUAGCAGCAGCAGCAGUAGGGUAUGUGGUUCUAAGAAAAAAUCCUGUUCAGGGACUGAUGUCAAUGUGGAUGAUGGGAGCGAUUAAGGUGGACUUAGAAGUGGUUCAUAAUGGUGAUUUCCUAAAAGCAGCAGUGGGUGUGGCUGUAGCCCCUGGUAUAGUAGGAGUUUUAGCUAGCAGUAGAAGCAAGAUGUUCAGAAAUUGAUUAGUAACUAAAGUUACAUUGUGUUAAUGACAGUAAUUUACAUUUACUGUAAUCUACACUGUUAUUUUGUGGAUCUGCAUUUAUUUCAGUGUAGUGAGACAUUUAAUCACAUAUCUCUUUGUUUAUGACCUCAUUAAACCUCAUUAUUUCAUUUUCAUCAACCACUCAUCUUGGUCAGGGAUGCAGAGGGUCCGGCUCCAAUAGAAAGCUGGGUUUAAUACAGGAACACCCUGGACAGGGUACUAAUAUAUUGAAGAUUAUUAUUUUAUAUUGUUAUAUUUUAUUUUAUCAUUAUUUUAAGUUGUUAAAUGUUAACAAAUAUAUAAUCUUUCAGUUUAUAGAGGUAACUGAUUCUGUUGGGUGUGUAAAAUUACUACUAUUACCCUUAUUAUUAUUAUUAUUAUUCUGUAUUAUUUUUAUUAUAGUAAAAUAAUAUGGUAAAUCAUUUAACUCAAUGUAAUAAUAGAUUUUAUUGAAACAGAGCAGAGUGUAUCAGGGUUUAAAUUAUACAUUUUUUUCUGUCCACAAUUUUACGUGAAUAUUUUAGAAAUUAUUUUAGCAAUUUUAACUUUGUAAUUUCUAACUAAAAUCAGUUGGCUGGAAAAUGAA